AUGGCUGAGAGACCAGAAGACUUGAAUAUGCUGAAUGCAGUCAUUACUAGGAUUAUUAAAGAAGUGCUUCCAGAUGGAGUGAAUGUCUCAAAGGAAGCUCAUAGCACAAUAUCCCGAGCAGCAAGUAUCUUGAUUCUUGAUGCAACCUCAUGUGCAAAUAACUUUGCAAUGAAAAGCAAGAGGAAAAUGCUGAGUGCCUCUGCUGUCCUUGCAGCAAUGGAAAAGGUGGAGUUUAAUCACUUCAUAACCCCACUGAAAGAUCUAUUGGAAGGUAUGAGACAUUUCAAGCGAGAGCGGAAAGAAGCUUCAGAACAGAAGAAGGAUAAGAAGCCUGAGAGUGAGGAACAUUACAAGAGCAGGGAAGAUGAGAAUGAGGAAGACACUGAAGAGGUGAAAAUGGUGGAAGAUGAUGCUCAAAAGGAGAUAGAAAAUGAGGAAGUAGAUGUAGAAAAUUGA